GGUCGAACGAAGCGUUUGCAGUCGUUCCAAACGCGCCGCGGUUUCUAUCGCGGGUAUUCGGGAUAUUUGAUUUUUUUUUUUUCUAUUUGGUUUCUUCAAUUUUCAAAUCAUCGCGAAGUGUUUUCACAGUUUUGCAAAAUUCGUGCGCCGUUCAGUGACAUUUUUAUCAGAUACAAUGAACAUCUAAUUUUAUUAAACAAUAAUUAUUUUAAUCAUACGAAUCGAUAUUAUUUAAUUGUUUUAAAGUUUCGUACUUAUUUUUUUUUUUUUUUGUGAUCAGUUACAUAAACCAAAGUGAUUCGUGAACUUGAGUUUUGAAAUUUUUUCAAGAGGAUUAUAUACAGUUAUUAUGCCCAUCGAAGGUGGGAGGGGAAGUUUACUUUAGGUUAGGAUGUCACAUCACAGCGACGACAAUAUGCUGAUAGCAACGUCAGAUUCAUUUUGGGAGCCUGGGAAUUAUAAACGUACUACCAAACGAAUCGAGGACGGUCACAAAUUAUGUGACAGUUUAAUAGCACUCGUACAAGAGCGAGCGGAGAUAGAAAAAAAUUAUGCGAAAGCUCUUAAAAAUUGGUCAAAAAAUUGGAAUGAUAAAAUUGAAAAAGGACCCGAGUAUGGUACGACGGAAGCGGCUUGGAAAGGCGUUCUCGUAGAAUCCGAUAGAUUAUGCGAUUUGCAUUUACGGGUUAAGGAUAAUUUAUGCAACGAUAUUGUACAGCAGAUAAAAACGUGGCAAAAAGACACUUACCAUAAGUCUAUGAUGACGCUUAAAGAAAGAAAAGAAAUGGAAGACGCGUUUAAAAGGGCUCAAAAACCGUGGGCGAAGUUACUUCAAAAAGUGGAAAAAGCUAAAUCCGAAUACCACAACAGUUGUAAAACGGAAAGAACCGCAGCUAACAUGGAACGCAAUGCUUCCGCCGACAGUUCGCUCUCACCUGAUCAGAUGGCCCGAGGCUCUGAAAACGUAAAAAAAAUGCAAGAUCGUGUACAAAAAACUAAGGAAGAAGUGCAGAAGUCAAAAGAAAAGUACGAAGCAUCUUUGUUAGAGAUAAAUCAGUACAACCCUAAAUAUAUGGAGGAGAUGACGCAAGAAUUUGAAAAAUGUCAGGAGAUGGAAGCCCAACGGUUGCAAUUCUUCAAAGAUGUUCUAUUCGGAAUACACAAAUGCCUUAAUAUAUCACAGGAUCCAGUACUUCCGCAAAUAUACGAGGAAUUCUAUCACACGAUCAACAAUGCUGCGCACGAAAAGGACCUGAAGUGGUGGUCGAAUAAUCAUGGUGUAAACAUGGCUAUGAAUUGGCCGCAAUUUGAGGAUUAUACGGAGGAGUUCCGUGACAUCACCAAAGGUUCCAAAUCAAAGGAGGCAUUACCUGCUGGGUCCAUCACUCUCAUCAAUCAACGCCCUGUCGGUGAAGAUCUGCAUGAGUUCCCACCAGUCAACCAUAAAGCCAGAGUCAAACCCGCAGGACGAGUAAUACCAACAGAUGCACCGCUCCCAGAUACUAAGACCGACACCAUCAACUCGAGCAAACAGACCUCUGAGAAGAACAACCAUGAGACUAACACUGUCAACAGGACCGCUACGAUCACGAAUGGAACGAACGCGAAGCAAGAAUCUAAUCCAUUCGAAGAAGAAGAAUGGGACGAAGAUGGUGGCGAGCCUUUAGUCGACAACGGAGAACCCGGAGUUCCCGUCAGAGCAUUAUAUGAUUAUGAAGGUGCCGAAGCGGAUGAAUUGAGUUUCAAACAAGGCGAAGUAUUUGAAAAAUUGGAAGAUGAAGACGAGCAGGGAUGGUGCAAGGGUAGGAAGGAUGGGAGAGUGGGAUUGUAUCCUGCUAAUUAUGUAGACCUGGUGUCUCAGUAGUUUAAAAUCAAAACCAAAUCAGUUCGUUGGUAAUUUAGCCAUCUGAAUGGUUAUGGAACCAUUCUACGUCGAAUCAGUUGGUUAGAGCAACCGAAAUACGAGGGAGCAUUCGCAUUUUCAUGCAUUUUGUAAAGUUGUUUGAACCAAGAAAACGACCCUUGAAGUUUUUAUGGGUUCUGUAAAUUUAUUAGAUUGAAAUAUGUAGAAGAUUCAGUUAUCCGAAAGGCUGUUUAUAUUUUAUGUAUGAGAGGAAACAAUAUUUUCAUUUUUAUCACCUGAAUAUACUAAAAUGUAAAGAUGCAGGUCAGUGAAAGGCAUACGGUUACAGCGACUAUGUGAAAACUAUAAAUUUGACAAGUCUUGUAGCAAAUCGGAUUUGUCUGGGUUGUAUUGUUGUUCUUUAUUUCCAGUUCUACAUUCGUAGAAGAAAGGAGAUUCAAGAUAACAUUUUGUUUCGAAAGAUAGCUAGGGUAGUUGACGUCCGUUGCUAGUUGUAAAAAUAAAGUAUGAUAAUGCAGACGAUGAUGACGCGUAUGCCAAUUUUAAAUUCUUUGGUAAAUAAAGAAAAAAUUUAUGUACAGUCAUACAUUUCGUGACUUAUUAUUGUUAGGAUUAUUAUCAUUAUCAUUAUUAUAUUUGUUAUCGCGGUAAGAACAUUUUGGCAGAAAUAAUUGAAAUCAUAUUUAAUUUAUUGUUAUUAAAACAUUGAAAUCUAAUGUCUAUCUAAAUGGUGUCAUUGUAUAUAAUAAUAUUAAUACUGUAGCAAUACAUCAGUUAUAAAUAUUAUGUAAUGAAAUAUGUAAGAGAAAUUAACUAAUGUAUAUCAGGUGAUCAAUUGAACACAACCGAUUAAUCACAAAUGCAGGUCAAUGAAGAGAAUCUGAUGAUUAUUUGGGGAUAAUUAUACUCUCGCCACGAUGGUAAGUUUAAUUUCGUUCGCUAAGAUACACGAUUUGUGUCUUUAUUUCACUUAAUUAACCGCGCAGGGGAAUAUUUUCAAACAAUCAAUUUUCGUUUUCCGUGGCCAGUCUUCAUUUUUACUGGGAAAAGCAUACGAAGUACGUGUAUGGAUUCUACACUAGUAAUUUAUUCUUAUUUCCGCCAUUCUUAUUUUAUUUUUCGAUUAACUGUUUGCAUGUUGAUCAGCGGUGUUCAAUGUUGAAUAAACUUCCACAUCUAUUUUUUUUAUUUUUAUGUUUCGUGAGCAACAUAAAUAAAGUGUCGACGAAUGUGUCCAAUAAUGAACAUUUGAUGGUUGACGAAGUGAGAAAAAAAAACGUAGCUCUUUUGGUUAAAUAAAUCAUUCAACAUUUAUAAAAUAAUUCGUAAAUUGUCGUUGGUUAAACAUAUGUAUAUAAAAAUCGGUAAAACUGUAUAACAAGAUUUAAAUGAGGGGUAAUUUUUUCUGAUAAAAUGAUAUACUUGUCGAUAAAUUUAUUGCUGAAAAAAACGCAAAAUGACCAAAACUUAUACAUAUAAAUGUACAUCACAUUAAACGAAAUGAUACUUAUCUUUGAUUCGUUGAUUGAAUGAUUUCUAUGAGUCACUAGUUUUUUCUAUGCAUGCAUACUAGUUGCCGACUAUCACAAAUCCAGAUCAGAGAUAGUAAAAAAAAGCAAAAAAAAUACAACAACCAUCUUUGGUUGUACUACGGGAACGGAGUACUGUAUGCAGAAUUCAUUGCGAAACACAAUAUUCAUGUAAAUAAAUUAGAAUAGAAAGCAAUAGGAUUUUCUGAUUUAGCUCGCGCGCGACUGAUUUAUUUCAACGCUCAUUUCGAUAGAUCGCCAAAAUUAUUGUCAGUGAAUAAUAUUACCUAUUCCAUGAAGUUGUUAUGUAGGCUUUAGUUUGUGUAUAAUAAAGUUUAUUAUAAUGUAUAUCUAAUAAAUUACCUAUAUAAAAUA